AUGUUUUGAAUAAUCUUAUGUAGACCCAUUUCCAUGACCCACCAUGCUUUCAUUUGCUUAAUGGAACAAGAAAAGAAGCAACCAGAAAAGCAUGGCAUCUUCUGCAUGGUGUUUGGAGGCUACAGGUAUGGAGGCAAACUUUGGUUCAUAAAUCUCUAUGCAAAUUCAAUCACAAAAUUUAAUCCUCUCCCUAUGUGAGCCUUCUUUCUUGAGGCUCUAGUUAUUUGUUUGUUGAGAUUUGUCAAGGAAUUAUGAUCAAGGAAAACUUCUACACUCUUUUGCUUCUAAGUUUGAAAGGUUAGAGUAGACUAAGCCCUCAUCAAUUUUACUUUCUGUUUUGUUGAAACUAUAAAAGUUGAAGUCCUAUAGGGUUUGAUCAAGAAGUUAUCAUGCUUCAAACUAGAAUCAGUAUUGGUCAUUGUUCAUGAGUUUAGCUCUGUUGUUAUACUACUGGUAAAAUAAGCCUUGAAAUUUCAACUGCCAUUGCUGGGGAAGAAAAGAAGCUCAAUUGAGUUAAAAGUAAGAAAGUAAAAGACCUUCACAGUGGUUUUUGGAUCAAUGGGAACUUCUGGCUUUUUCCUAAUAUGUGUUCUGCAUUCUGCAAUAGCUUUGACUUGUGGAGCUCUUAUGGUGUUUUACUCCAAAGAGAUCUUUGUGUUUGGUCAUGGAGAAGAGACAGCAAGCAAGCUUCAAGGGUCAACACCCCACGAUCAGCUACUGAUUCAAACCUCAGAUUCCUUCUCUGGGUUCUUGUUGUUCACAAUUGGGUUCCUUGUGUUCAUGGUUGCUUGUGUUAAGGACUUGGAGUUCCAGAGUUUCUUUGCAAAAGGGUGUGUGCUUCUUCACAUUUCUAUGGCAGUGUGGAGAUUCUACUUUGAGAGUAAGCAUGAAGAUCUUGCCCAUAACUGGCCCAGGCAUGCUUUUGGGGACAUUGCAUUGGCCAUUUCAUGGGUCUUCUUUCUUGUGUACAUGUGGAGGGACAAAUAUGAUUGAUUAGUUUAGUAUGUUGGGGGUUUGUAAAAGUGUUAACAGUGCCAAACAAAGGUUGAGUUUUGCUGGAAACUGUGCUUACAUCUGAUGAAAAAUCUUGUGUUUUGUUUGGGCUGUGAUUGCUGAAAUUGUCAUGGUGUAUGAGGAGACUUUGUGGAUGUUUGGCUAACAAAGGAUGGAACUUCUUCUUGUGCUCAUCUGUUCAUGUGUACAAUUUUCAGUGUGAAUUUUUUCUGUGUUGCAUCCAUUAUAUUGGUGAAAAUGUGUUUAUCCAGAUUAUAUUAUAUAUUACUAUACAUUC